AAGUUUUUCUCGUCCGUCGACAAAAUUUCGAAUAACUCAAAAGCGCCAUCCAUAAAUUUCACUUUUACAACUAAAUUCAUUCAAUUCAUUCGACGUUCGUGUUUUAAUUGUUUAAUGAAUAUUUCGCACACAUUUCGAGUAAAUUGUGAUAGAUGAGGCGUUGUACGUAAACAAAAAAUAUUGUGCAUUCGUAUGAAAAAAAAACGAUGAAAAGAAUUAAAUUGGAGUCGUAGAAUAAAAAAAAAGUUUUAAUUAAAAACAGUCGCGUUCUGACGCCAAAGCAGCUAAGUAACAUCAUGGAUUUGGACAAUAUUUUGGAGCAAAUUGGAGAAUUUGGCAGGUUUCAGAUUCAUAACUACUUGUUGGUUUGCUUGCCGGUAAUUUUUAGUGCGGCGAAUUCGUUGACUUAUGUUUUUACGGCGUCAAUUCCAAAGUACAGAUGCUUCGUUCCAUACUGCGAAACAACAGAUAACAUAAUUUACGAUGCUGAUUGGGUCCCAUAUGCUGUCCCGCCGAACAAAAUUACCCGAUCAAGUACAAUUUUCGAGCCCGAUCAAUGUUAUUAUUACAAACAAAAGCCUGACGUAUCGACUUGUGAGCCAAAUUCUUUCUUAAACGACACAAUUCGAUGUCACCGAUGGGUUUUUGAUCCAAAUGAGAGAUCAAUUGUCAAUGAUUGGUUAAUAACAUGUCCCGAAAAUGAACCAAAAUUAGCUCUCGUGGGUACGAUGCACUUUGCAGGCAUCGCUUUUGGUACUGUCGUCUCUGGAUUUCUCGCUGAUCGCUUCGGAAGGAAGAUAAUUUUCAUUUUUUCAAUUCUCCUGAUGGCAAUUACGGGAGUUUUACAGACAAUUUCGCCGGAUCUCGUGUGGUUUUACUUCUUCAUGUUCGUAAAUUCCAUCGGAACGGCUGGUUGUUAUCCGUUGGCGUUCAUUUUGGGCGUAGAAAUGGUCGGAAAAUCCAAUCGGGAGGUCGCAAGUAUGGGAUUGAACUAUUUUUACGCAUGCGGAGAAGCGUUUGUUGGUCUCAUUGCGUGGCUCUCGCGUGAUUGGGUGAUUUUACAAUUAGCUGCUUCAGUGCCUCCCUUACUUUUUGUGUCCUAUUAUUGGUUUUUACCCGAAUCGCCUCGAUGGUUGAUCGCCAAAGGCAGAAUUUGUGAAGCAAAUGCGAUUUUAAGCAAAGCAGCUCGAGUAAAUGGCAAAACUUUCACAGCUUUUGAGCCAAUUCCGCAAGAUAGUGACACAAGUGACUCGAGCAUCGUCGUUCCUGUCGUUCAAAAGAAGGAAAUUUAUGCGACGUUGAAGGAACUUUUGCGAUCUCGCGUGAUGGUAGUUCGAGCUUUGGUGCUUUUUUACAAUUGGAGUGCAAAUGCCUUCGUUUAUUACGGAUUUUCGCUCAGUGCAGUCAAUUUAAGUGGCAACAAGUACCUUAAUUUUAUUCUUGUGUCGUUAGUUGCCAUUCCGGGAUACGCCACAGCGCAAUAUACGAUGAACAAAGUCGGAAGGAAGGCAUCCAUGUCGUGUUUCAUGAUGGUUUGCGGGAUUAUGUGUUGCGCAGGCGCCUAUUUGAACGACGUCGAGAAGCCAUGGAUCUCAAUUUGCCUGUAUUUGGUUGGAAAGUUGUCCAUUACAGCGAGUUUUGGGAUUAUUUAUUGCUAUACGACGGAAAUGUUGCCGACUAUAAUUCGCAGCGGAGGAUGCGGAGCUUUAUCAACAAGUGCAAGAUUUGCUGCUCUUUUGGCGCCAUUUGUACCGUUAUUAGAACACAUUGACAUGAGUUUACCUCUAACACUCUUCGGAAACAUUGCCUUCGUCGGAGGAAUCUUAACUUUACUCUUACCUGAGACGCUCAACUCGAAAUUACCUGAAACAGUUGAAGAUGCCGAGAACUUGGGAAAAAAGAAUGUUACCAAUGUAAGCAAUACCACGCAAGCAACAGACUAAAUUAUAAGAAUAAUUUUAAAUUUUUUAAAAAUAAUUUUAGGUUUUUUAGAAUUUUUUUUAAUGUAAGGACAAUUUUUCGAAAUAUUUUUUUAAAUUAUUAAUUGACUGAUUUUAAAGAAUUUAAAUAUUUAAAAAAAUUUUUUUUUAUUUUC